UCCCGCGCGCUCCAGCCACUUCUGCUCCAAGGGAAACAGCCCCUCUAUCCACAACUGGGAGACCUGCAGGCUGCAGAUGACGUCUCCAACAGAAAUCCGACUCAGAUCAGUACUUCCUUCACCUCCUGCAUAUUUAGCGGUGCAUACACCAAAAUCAACGCUUAUUCACAACACCCCCGACUCUGAUUAAUUAUCAGAAGCAGACGUCUACCGCCAUACGUUUUCUCGUUCAACGACCAAGCUUCCUCAAGCUGCAGUUCGUCAUCUACGUUGCCUCAACAACCAACAACCACCAAUCCCGCCACGCAAGAUGACCCAGUCCGACCUUGAUCAGCUGCUCGACAUGGGCUUUGAGAAGGCCCGGGCUGAGCUGGCGGUUAAGAAGACAGGCAACCUAAAUGGAGCCCUUGAAUGGCUUGAGGCAAACCAGGAUAAACCCCUCGAUGAGCUCACUGCUGCUGCCUCCAGCACUGUUGCCAAGGACGACGACGAUGAUGCAGGUGAAGUCCAGGCCAACAUCGAUGCUCUUGAGAGCGGUGCCACCGCAAAGUCGCUAGUUUGCAAUGAGUGUGGCAAACGCUUCAGAUCUCAGGACACGGCCUCUUACCAUGCAACCAAGACGGACCACACUGACUUCUCGGAGUCGACAGAGGAGAUUGCUCCCCUGACAGAUGAUCAGAAGAAGGCUAAGCUUGAUGAACUGCGUGAGCAGCUUAAGGAGAAAAAGGCCAAGCAGGCCCUCUUGGACAAGGAGGAAGCCAAGCGCAACGAGAAAAUCCGCAUGAAGGCGACAAAGGAAAGUCAGGAAGCCAAGGAAGAGUUGCAGCGCAAGGAGCAGAUCAAGGAGGCUGCCAAGAAGCGUCAGGAAAAGCAGGACGACCUCGAGGCGAAGCGCCGCAUCAAGGCCAAGAUCGAGGCUGACAAGGAAGAUCGGCGCCGCAAGGCGGAGGAGGCCAAGGCCGCGAGAGAAGGCAGAGCCCCUGCACCUGGUCCCGUUGCCGCGACCUCCAUCCCGAAGGCGACUGCAAACCACAACGAGGCUCGCUUGAGACUGCAGACGUCGGACGGCAACAUCCUGAAGACCCUUCCAGCCGAGACUACCCUAUUCGAGGUGGCGCAGAUGCUCCAGUCUGAGAACGGCUUGGAGGUUACGAGCUUCUCGACCACUUUCCCGAGGAAGACGUUUGAGGGCCACAUGGAUCUCAGCAAGACCCUGAAGGAGGCUGGUCUAACACCUAGCGCUGUUCUCAUCGUCAAAUAGGCGCGCCAGUUUGGAAUAACGAUCGGGAAGUACAGGGCUGCAUAGGCUGGCGUUGGGGUGGUAGAAGGUAGAGGAAAGGACGCCAAAGUGCGACAUAAGAGUGAAGAAGUUGACACUAGCCGCCGGUCCAACCAUCAAAAUGACAUUCAAUAUAAGCACGCAUACUGUGACCCAAGCUAGAUCACACCCUCCUCGAUGAGGAAGGGCGAUACACAUGAAUACACGAGUUUUCAAACCGACUCAGAUGAACGGCUGAUCGAGCCGUUUCACGUCCGC